AUGAGCGACGAGAAGCAUGGCUAUGAACGAGCCCCGUCCCCACCGCCUAUUCCCACCUACGAAGAAGCGACAUCAUCCCGUAAUACCUCGGCGCGCCUAGGACCCAACGAGAUCAGCGACGACGCCGAGCGGCAAGGUCUCCUAAACCCAGAUGUCCACAUACAAUCAGACCCCCGCAGGCGCAAUGGCUAUUACCAGGCGCCAUCGGUGCAAUCAGUCGAGGAUGAGGAUUCCCUACUCGGGAGUCCGGUGCGGGAGAGCCAGGAUGAGGACCUGCGGCAGACGAUGGAGGAGAUGGAAAUAUUAGACCCUGAGAGUAUAGAAGAAGGAAGAUCAAGGAGGAAUCGGUCACUAGGUCGCCUCUCAAAACGAUUCUACAGCAUCACGCAUACGCUUUCGAGUUUCCACCUCCCGCGGAUACGUUGGCCGUCAUGGAGGCCGGACUUCACUUUUGUAACACAACGAUUACCUACGAUUCCCGACGAGUACAAGCCGGGCUGGUCGAUAAUAGCACGGUUAUUUGGGUUAAUACUGAUCGUUACGCUGGUGUACCUAUUGGUAGUGAGCGAGGUGGUGCCCAUGGGCGGCGGAUUUGGCCAGCCUUUCAAUGCGGAGUGGGUGCGCCAGACGGCGCUGCAGAGCGUUGAGAGUUGGCGAAUAGAGAAGAAUUUGGAGUACAUCACGAGCUAUGAUCAUAUUGGAGGCACUGAGGGAAGCUACGUCUUGGGCCAGUGGAUCGAGGGCAAGUUCAAAGACUCGCACAUGGACACGUAUACGCAUGAUGAGUAUUACGUGUACAUGAAUUUUGCGAAGAAAGGGGGCCGGAAAGUUGCCAUCGUCGACCCACCGCAGAAGGCUUGGGAAGCCCAGCUGGAGGAACCCUCAGUGUUUAAUCCUCCGAAGCCCCAGACACCUGCUUACCACGGACUAUCGGCAUCUGGAAACGCCACUGGACCCUUGAUCUACGUCAACUAUUGCGACAAGAAAGACUUCAAGAGGUUGUGGGAUAGCAAUGUUGAUGUCAAAGGUGCUGUGGCCCUCUGUCGAUACCACGGAACACAGCCGGACUUGGCGAUGAAGGUCAAGGCCGCCCAAGAAGCUGGGGUCGCAGGCGUGCUUGUGUACUCGGAUCCCGCUGACGACGGCUUCAAAAAAGGAAACCCCUGGCCAGAUGGCAAAUGGAGACCGGGCGACAGCGUUCAGCGCGGUUCAGUCGCGCAGACCAACAUGAUCAUGGGCGACGUACUUACCCCUGGAAAAUCUAGUGCGAAGAAGCAGGAGCGCAUAUCGAAGGACAACAACCCUGCCUUGCCCAAGAUCCCGAGUCUGCCGCUUUCUUGGAAAGAUGCGCAAAAGCUACUGCAGUCACUAAAAGGGUCAGGCGAACAGCUUCCGGACGAUUGGGUAGGUGGCGUACCAGAUGUAGGGGACAAGUGGUUCUCUGGCCACCCGGAUACUUCGCCCAAGGUUUAUCUGCAGAAUUAUCAGGAUGAGGUUGAGCAACAGCGCAUUACAAAUGUUUUCGGGUCUAUAAAGGGAAGUGAAGAUCCGGGUCGGAAGAUCAUAAUUGGAAAUCAUCGCGACUCAUGGUGUUUUGGCGCUGCGGACCCCGGCUCUGGAACUGCCAUUAUGCUCGAAGUUAUGCGAGUGCUCGGGCUACUACGUGCUCAAGGAUGGCACCCACUUCGCACCAUCGAGUUCGCCUCCUGGGACGGCGGCGAAGACAACAGAAUUGGCUCAACUGAGUAUGUUGAAGCCAACGCCGACACGCUUCGAGAGGGCGCGAUUGCCUACCUGAAUGUUGACAUUGGCGUCACAGGGGACAAGCUCUGGGCAUCAGGUUCUCCAAUCUUCCAACAUGCUUGGUCUCGUGUUUUGGACCGACUUACGGAUCCGCACGAGAACAAGACGCUGAAAGAGCUGUGGGAGAACCACGAUGGCAGGAUAGACAAUCCGAACGCAGCAAGUGAUGACGUCCCAUUCCUGUCUAUUGCCGGCACCUCAUCCAUGAACUUCGGCUUCACUAGCGACUCCAAAGACAGCCACGCUUCCAACCCCAUGACGGGCAGCUGCUACGAAACUCUGAACUGGAUGGCCAAAUACGUUGACCCGGACUUUCAAUACCAUCACCUUCUCGCACAAAUAUGGAUUCUACUUAUCCUUGAACUCGCACAGGAACCUAUCAUGCCGAUGAAAAUCGAAGACUACGCUCGUGCCCUGCAAGAAGAGGGGCAGAAGCUGCUCGACUGGACAGAGACGACAGCUAGCGGCUAUGAUAUCGAGAUUUUCCAGCCGCUGGUGGACAGUCUGAGUAUGUUCAAGAAGAAGGCUGAUGACUUUCACAAGUGGGAGACAUAUUGGUAUAACCAAGUGUAUGCCACAGGGGGUUUCGAGACACAGGCAGUUACUCUUCAGCGCGUGUUGCAUAAUGCGAAGAUUUCGAGGUUUGAGAGUGACUUGUUAGAUUUGCCGCGGGGCAAGGAUGACCAUUCGGAGCAUGGGCUACCCGGCCGCGACCAAUACAAACACGCCAUCUUUGCACCCAGCGCCAACAACGCGCUCGAAGCUGCAGUCUUUCCCUUUGCAAGAGAUGCGAUAGAGAAGAAGGACUGGGAUGCUGCGGCCAAGAUGAUCAAGAAGACGGCGGAUAUACUGAAUCGAGCUGCUGAAGGGUUGCGCGGUGGAUGA